GGAGGAGGAGCCGCGGCGGCUGUUGACCCGGGCUGGCCGGGGAGCAGGGAAGAGAUGCGGAGCCGGGCCGCCAGCGUCCCCCUCCCCACGCCACUGCCGCCGUCGCCGCUGCCGCCGCCGCUGCUGCUGCUGCUGCUGCUGCUGCUGCCGCUGCCGCCACUACGGGGAGAUCAAGUGGGGCCCUGUCGUUCCCUGGGGUCUGGGGGACGCGGCUCCUCGGGGGCCUGUGUCCCCGUGGGCUGGCUCUGCCCAGCCUCGGCCUCGAACCUUUGGCUUUACACGAGCCGCUGCAGGGAUGCCGGCACGGAGCUGAUUGGCCACCUGGUGCCCCAUCACGAUGGCCUGAGGGCCUGGUGUCCCGAAUCUGGGGCCCACAUCCCCCUCCCACCGGCCCCCGAAGGCUGCCCCUGGAGUUGUCGCCUCCUGGGCAUCGGAGGCCACCUGUCCCCACAGGGCAAGCUGACCCUGCCCCAAGAGCACCCAUGCCUAAAGGCCCCUCGGCUGCGAUGCCAGUCUUGCAGGCUGACACAAGCCCCAGGGCUCAGGGCAGGGGAGGAGGAACCGGCAGAAGAGGCCCUGGGGGGGCGCAGGAAAAGGAACGUGAAUACAGCCCCUCAGUUCCAGCCUCCCAGCUAUCAGGCCACGGUGCCCGAGAACCAGCCAGCGGGCACCUCUGUUGCAUCUUUACGGGCCAUCGAUCCAGAUGAGGGCGAGGCGGGCCGGCUUGAGUACACCAUGGACGCCCUCUUUGAUAGCCGCUCCAACCAUUUCUUCUCCUUGGACCCCAUCACUGGCGUUGUGACUACAGCCGAGGAGCUGGAUCGAGAGACCAAGAGCACCCAUGUCUUCAGGGUCACCGCGCAGGAUCAUGGCAUGCCCCGCCGGAGUGCACUGGCCACACUUACCAUCUCGGUGACGGAUACCAAUGACCAUGACCCUGUUUUUGAGCAGCAGGAGUACAAAGAGAGCCUCAGGGAGAACCUGGAGGUUGGCUAUGAGGUCCUCACAGUCAGGGCCACAGAUGGUGAUGCCCCUCCCAACGCCAACAUCCUGUACCGCCUGCUGGAGGGGUUUGGGGGCAACCCCUCGGAAGUAUUUGAGAUCGACCCUCGCUCUGGGGUGAUCCGAACCCGUGGCCCUGUGGAUCGGGAAGAGGUGGAGUCCUACAAGUUGAUAGUGGAGGCGAGUGACCAGGGUCGAGAUCCGGGUCCAAGAAGCGCCACAGCUGCUGUCUUUCUGUCGGUGGAGGAUGACAAUGACAAUGCCCCCCAGUUUAGUGAGAAGCGUUACGUGGUCCAGGUGCGGGAGGAUGUGACCCCAGGAGCCCCGGUACUCAGAGUCACAGCCUCGGAUCGAGAUAAGGGAAGCAACGCCCUGGUACACUACAGCAUCAUGAGUGGCAAUGCCCGGGGACAGUUUUAUCUGGAUGCCCAGACUGGGGCUCUGGAUGUGGUGAGCCCUCUUGAUUAUGAGACAACCAAGGAGUAUACGCUACGGGUGCGGGCACAGGAUGGCGGCCGGCCCCCUCUCUCCAAUGUCUCUGGCCUGGUAACUGUGCAAGUCCUGGAUAUCAAUGACAAUGCCCCCAUCUUUGUCAGCACCCCCUUCCAGGCCACUGUCUUAGAGAGCGUCCCCUUAGGCUACCUGGUCCUCCAUGUCCAGGCCAUCGAUGCCGAUGCUGGUGACAAUGCCCGCCUGGAAUACCGUCUGGCUGGAGUUGGGCAUGACUUCCCUUUCACCAUCAACAAUGGCACAGGCUGGAUCUCUGUGGCUGCUGAGCUUGACCGAGAGGAGGUUGAUUUCUACAGCUUUGGUGUCGAAGCGCGAGACCAUGGUGUUCCAGCCCUCAGCGCCUCAGCCAGCGUCAGUGUGACCAUCCUGGAUGUCAACGACAACAACCCAACCUUUACCCAACCGGAGUACACAGUGCGGCUCAAUGAGGAUGCAGCUGUGGGCACCAGUGUGGUGACAGUGUCGGCCGUGGACCGUGAUGCCCACAAUGUCAUCACCUACCAGAUCACCAGUGGCAACACCCGCAACCGCUUCUCCAUCACCAGCCAGAGUGGUGGUGGCCUGGUGUCCCUCGCCUUGCCGCUGGACUACAAACUUGAGCGGCAGUAUGUGCUGGCGGUUACUGCGUCCGAUGGCACAAGACAGGACACAGCACAGAUCGUGGUGAAUGUCACCGAUGCCAACACCCACCGUCCCGUCUUUCAGAGCUCCCACUAUACGGUGAAUGUGAAUGAGGACCGGCCAGCGGGCACCACGGUGGUGCUCAUCAGUGCGACGGACGAGGACACAGGUGAGAAUGCCCGCAUCACUUACUUCAUGGAGGACAGCAUCCCCCAGUUCCGCAUCGAUGCGGACACAGGGGCCGUCACCACUCAGGCGGAGCUGGACUAUGAAGACCAAGUGUCUUACACCCUGGCCAUCACUGCUCGGGACAAUGGCAUCCCCCAGAAGUCUGACACCACCUACUUGGAGAUUCUGGUGAAUGAUGUAAAUGACAAUGCCCCUCAGUUCCUACGGGAUUCCUACCAGGGGAGCAUCUAUGAAGAUGUGCCCCCUUUUACCAGUGUCCUCCAGAUCUCCGCCACUGAUCGUGACUCUGGUCUCAAUGGCCGGAUCUUCUACACCUUCCAAGGAGGGGAUGAUGGAGAUGGUGACUUUAUUGUGGAGUCCACGUCAGGCAUCGUACGAACCCUGAGGAGGCUGGAUCGUGAGAACGUGGCCCAGUACGUGUUACGAGCGUAUGCAGUGGACAAGGGCAUGCCCCCAGCCCGCACACCCAUGGAAGUGACAGUCACUGUUUUGGAUGUGAAUGACAAUCCACCUGUCUUUGAGCAGGAUGAGUUUGAUGUGUUUGUAGAAGAAAACAGCCCUAUUGGGUUGGCCGUGGCCCGGGUCACAGCCACCGACCCUGAUGAAGGCACCAAUGCUCAGAUCAUGUACCAGAUCGUGGAGGGCAACAUUCCUGAGGUCUUCCAGCUGGACAUCUUCUCUGGGGAGCUCACUGCCCUGGUAGACUUAGACUACGAGGACCGGCCUGAAUACGUGCUGGUCAUCCAGGCCACAUCAGCUCCCCUGGUAAGCAGGGCUACUGUCCAUGUCCGGCUGCUGGACCGCAAUGACAACCCACCAGUGCUGGGCAACUUUGAGAUCCUUUUCAAUAACUACGUCACCAACCGCUCGAGCAGCUUUCCCGGGGGCGCCAUUGGCCGGGUGCCUGCCCAUGACCCUGACAUCUCAGACAGCCUGACUUACAGCUUUGAGCGAGGAAAUGAACUCAGCCUGGUCCUACUCAAUGCCUCCACAGGAGAGCUAAGGUUGAGCCGGGCACUGGAUAACAACCGACCACUGGAGGCCAUCAUGAGUGUGUUGGUGUCAGAUGGCGUGCACAGCGUGACGGCGCAGUGCGCGCUGCGCGUCACCAUCAUCACGGACGAGAUGCUCACGCACAGCAUCACGCUGCGCCUGGAGGACAUGUCACCCGAGCGCUUCCUGUCCCCGCUGCUGGGGCUCUUCAUCCAGGCCGUGGCGGCCACGCUGGCCACGCCCCCGGACCACGUGGUGGUCUUCAACGUGCAGCGGGACACGGACGCGCCCGGGGGCCACAUCCUCAACGUGAGCCUGUCGGUGGGCCAGCCCCCGGGGCCCGGCGGCGGGCCGCCCUUCCUGCCGUCCGAGGACCUGCAGGAGCGCCUGUACCUCAACCGCAGCCUGCUCACUGCCAUCUCGGCGCAGCGCGUGCUGCCCUUCGACGACAACAUCUGCCUGCGCGAGCCGUGCGAGAACUACAUGCGCUGCGUGUCGGUGCUGCGCUUCGACUCCUCGGCGCCCUUCAUCGCCUCCUCCUCCGUGCUCUUCCGGCCCAUCCACCCCGUCGGCGGGCUGCGCUGCCGCUGCCCGCCCGGCUUCACGGGCGACUACUGCGAGACCGAGGUGGACCUGUGCUACUCGCGGCCCUGCGGGCCCCACGGGCGCUGCCGCAGCCGCGAGGGCGGCUACACCUGCCUCUGCCGCGACGGCUACACGGGUGAGCACUGCGAGGUGAGUGCCCGCUCAGGCCGUUGCAGUCCUGGUGUUUGCAAGAACGGGGGCACCUGUGUCAACCUGCUGGUGGGUGGCUUCAAGUGCGACUGUCCCUCUGGGGACUUCGAGAAGCCCUACUGCCAGGUGACCACACGCAGCUUCCCCGCCCGCUCCUUCAUCACCUUCCGCGGCCUGCGCCAGCGCUUCCACUUCACACUGGCCCUCUCGUUUGCCACAAAGGAGCGCAAUGGGCUGCUGUUAUAUAAUGGGCGUUUCAAUGAGAAGCAUGACUUUGUGGCCCUCGAGGUGAUCCAGGAGCAGGUCCAGCUCACCUUCUCUGCAGGGGAAUCAACCACCACUGUGUCCCCAUUCGUUCCUGGAGGGGUCAGUGAUGGCCAGUGGCACACGGUGCAGCUGAAAUACUAUAACAAGCCGCUACUAGGCCAGACAGGGCUCCCGCAGGGCCCCUCUGAGCAGAAGGUGGCCGUGGUGACUGUGGAUGGCUGUGACACAGGAGUAGCUCUGCGUUUUGGAGCUGCGCUUGGCAACUACUCCUGUGCUGCCCAGGGCACCCAGGGCGGCAGCAAGAAGUCUCUGGAUCUCACUGGGCCCCUGCUACUGGGUGGGGUACCUGACCUGCCCGAGAGCUUUCCUGUCCGAAUGAGGCACUUUGUGGGCUGCAUGAGGAACUUACAGGUGGACAGCCGGCACGUAGACAUGGCCGACUUCAUUGCCAACAAUGGCACCAUCCCUGGUUGUCCCACCAAGAAGAACGUAUGUGACAGCAACACUUGCCACAACGGGGGUACCUGCGUGAACCAGUGGGACACGUUCAGCUGCGAGUGCCCACUGGGCUUUGGGGGCAAGAGCUGUGCCCAGGAAAUGGCCAAUCCCCAGCGCUUCCUGGGCAGCAGCCUGGUGGCCUGGCAUGGCCUCUCACUGCCAAUCUCUCAGCCCUGGCACCUCAGCCUCAUGUUCCGCACACGCCAGGCAGACGGCGUCCUGCUGCAAGCUGUCACCAGGGGGCGCAGCACCAUCACCCUACAGCUCCGGGAGGGCCACGUGGUGCUGAGUGUGGAGGGCACAGGGCUCCAGGCCUCCUCUCUGCGUCUGGAGCCAGGCCGAGCCAACGAUGGUGACUGGCAUCAUGCGCAGCUGGCCUUAGGAGCCAGUGGGGGCCCUGGCCAUGCCAUCCUAUCCUUUGACUAUGGGCAACAGAAGGCAGAGGGUAACCUGGGCCCCAGGCUGCAUGGGCUGCACCUGAGCAACAUUACUGUGGGGGGAGUGCCAGGGCCAGCCAGCGGUGUGGCCCGUGGCUUCCGGGGCUGUUUGCAGGGUGUACAUAUAAGUGAGGCACCUGAGGGUGUUAGCAGUCUGGACUCAAGCCGUGGGGAGAGCAUCAAUGUGGAGCCAGGAUGUAGCUUGCCAGAUCCCUGUGAUUCAAACCCGUGUCCUGCUAACAGCUACUGCAGCAAUGACUGGGACAGCUAUUCCUGCAGCUGUGACCCAGGUUACUAUGGUGACAACUGCACUAAUGUAUGUGACCUGAAUCCAUGUGAACACCAGUCCGUGUGUACCCGCAAGCCCAGCGCUCCCCAUGGCUACACCUGCGAGUGUCCCCCAAAUUACCUCGGACCAUACUGCGAGACCAGGAUUGACCAGCCCUGCCCCCGCGGCUGGUGGGGGCACCCCACGUGUGGCCCAUGCAACUGUGAUGUUAGCAAAGGCUUUGACCCAGACUGCAACAAGACAAGCGGCGAGUGCCACUGCAAGGAGAACCACUAUCGGCCCCCUGGAAGUCCCACCUGCCUCCUGUGUGACUGCUACCCCACAGGCUCUUUGUCCCGAGUCUGUGACUCUGAGGACGGCCAGUGUCCAUGCAAGCCUGGUGUCAUCGGGCGCCAGUGUGAUCGCUGUGACAACCCUUUUGCUGAGGUCACCACCAAUGGAUGUGAAGUGAAUUAUGACAGCUGCCCACGGGCCAUUGAGGCUGGGAUCUGGUGGCCUCGCACACGCUUUGGGCUUCCUGCUGCUGCCCCUUGCCCCAAAGGCUCAUUUGGGACUGCUGUGCGGCACUGUGAUGAGCACAGGGGGUGGCUCCCCCCAAACCUCUUCAAUUGCACAUCGGUUACCUUCUCAGAGCUGAAGGGCUUCGCCGAGCGGCUGCAGCGCAAUGAGUCUGGCCUAGAUUCAGGACGCUCCCAGAGGCUGGCCCUGCUCCUGCGCAACGCCACCCAGCACACGGCUGGCUACUUCGGCAGCGACGUGAAGGUGGCCUACCAGCUGGCCACACGGCUGCUGGCUCACGAGAGCGCCCAGCGGGGCUUCGGGCUGUCUGCCACGCAGGAUGUCCACUUCACUGAGAAUCUGCUGCGGGUGGGCAGUGCCCUCCUGGACGCAGCCAACAGACGGCACUGGGAGCUGAUCCAGCAGACGGAGGGCGGCACGGCCUGGCUGCUCCAGCACUACGAGGCCUACGCCAGCGCCCUGGCCCAGAAUAUGCGCUACACCUACCUCAGCCCUUUCACCAUCGUCACGCCCAACAUUGUCAUCUCUGUAGUGCGUCUGGACAAGGGGAACUUCGCCGGGGCCAAGUUGCCACGUUACGAGGCGUUGCGUGGGGAGCGGCCGCCGGACCUCGAAACAACAGUCAUUCUGCCCGAGUCUGUCUUCAGAGAGAUCCCCCCCGUGCUCAGGCCUGCUGGUGCUGGGGAGGCCCAGGAGCAGGAGGAGCUGGCGCGGAGGCAGCGGCGGCACCCAGAGCUGAGCCAUGGGGAGGCUGUGGCCAGCGUCAUCAUCUACCGCACCCUGGCUGGGCUGCUGCCCCACAACUAUGACCCAGACAAGCGCAGCCUCAGAGUCCCUAAGCGCCCGGUCAUCAACACACCUGUGGUGAGCAUCAGCGUUCACGAUGACGAGGAGCUACUGCCACGCGCCCUGGACAAGCCAGUCACUGUGCAGUUCCGGCUGCUCGAGACAGAGGAGCGAACCAAGCCCAUCUGUGUUUUCUGGAACCAUUCGAUCCUGGUCAGCGGCACAGGUGGCUGGUCAGCCCGAGGCUGCGAAGUAGUCUUUCGAAAUGAGAGCCACGUCAGCUGCCAGUGUAACCACAUGACAAGUUUUGCCGUGCUCAUGGAUGUGUCCCGUCGGGAGAAUGGGGAGAUCUUGCCACUGAAGACAUUGACAUACGUAGCCCUUGGGGUCACCUUGGCCGCCCUGCUGCUCACCUUCCUCUUCCUCACGCUCCUUCGUGCCCUGCGCUCCAACCAACAUGGCAUCCGCCGCAACCUCACAGCUGCCCUGGGUCUAGCCCAGCUGGUCUUCCUCCUGGGGAUCAACCAGGCUGACCUCCCUUUUGCCUGCACAGUCAUUGCUAUCCUGCUGCACUUCCUGUACCUCUGCACCUUCUCCUGGGCUCUUCUGGAAGCCUUGCAUCUGUACCGGGCGCUCACAGAGGUGCGAGAUGUCAACGCCGGUCCCAUGCGCUUCUACUACAUGCUGGGCUGGGGUGUGCCGGCCUUCAUCACAGGUCUGGCUGUGGGCUUAGAUCCUGAAGGCUAUGGGAAUCCUGACUUCUGCUGGCUUUCAAUCUAUGAUACGCUUAUUUGGAGUUUUGCUGGCCCAGUGGCCUUCGCUGUUUCGAUGAGUGUCUUCCUGUACAUCCUGGCGGCCCGGGCCUCCUGUGCUGCUCAGCGGCAGGGCUUCGAGAAGAAAGGCCCUGUCUCGGGCCUGCGUCCCUCCUUUGCUGUUCUUCUGCUGCUGAGUGCUGCAUGGCUGCUGGCACUGCUGUCUGUCAACAGUGACACCCUCCUCUUCCACUACCUCUUUGCUGCCUGCAAUUGUGUCCAGGGCCCAUUCAUCUUCCUCUCCUACGUGGUGCUUAGCAAGGAGGUCCGGAAAGCACUCAAGUUUGCCUGUAGCCGCAAGCCCAGCCCUGACCCAGCUCUCACCACCAAGUCCACCCUGACCUCGUCCUAUAACUGCCCCAGCCCUUAUGCAGACGGGCGGCUGUACCAGCCCUAUGGAGACUCAGCUGGCUCACUGCACAGUGCCAGCCGCUCAUGCAAGAGCCAGCCCAGCUACAUCCCCUUCCUGCUGAGGGAGGAGUCUACACUGAACCCUGGCCAAGGGCCCCCUGGCCUGGGAGACCCAGGUGGCCUGUUCCUGGAAGGUCAAGACCAACAGCAUGAUCCCGACACGGAUUCUGACAGUGACCUGUCCCUGGAAGAUGACCAGAGUGGCUCCUAUGCCUCUACCCACUCAUCAGACAGUGAGGAGGAGGAAGAAGAGGAGGAGGAGGCCACUUUCCCUGGAGAGCAGGGCUGGGACAGCCUGAUCGGUCCUGGAGCCGAGAGACUGGCCCUGCACAGUACCCCCAAGGAUGGAGGCCCAGGGCCUGGGAAGGUCCCCUGGCCAGGAGACUUUGGAUUCACAGCAAAGGAGAGUGCUGGCAGCGGGACCCUUGAGGAACGGCCACGGGAGAAUGGAGAUGCCCUGUCUCGGGAAGGGACCUUGGGCCCCCUGCCGGGCCCUUCUGCCCAGCCACACAAAGGAAUCCUCAAGAAGAAAUGUCUGCCCACCAUCAGCGAGAAGAGCAGCCUCCUGCGGCUACCUCUGGAGCAGGGCACAGGCUCUUCUCGGGGCUCCUCAGCCAGUGAGGGCAGCCGGAUGGGGCCCCCUCCCCGCCCACCACCUAGGCAGAGUCUCCAGGAGCAGCUGAAUGGGGUCAUGCCCAUCGCCAUGAGCAUCAAGGCAGGCACCGUGGACGAGGACUCAUCAGGCUCCGAAUUUCUCUUCUUUAACUUCCUGCAUUAACCCUGGGCCGGUGGUUCCUUCGUCCCGAGGCUCCCCUCCCUUCCCCAGCAGCGCUCAUGCCCCACUCCUGUCUUGUGCUUUAUCCUGCCCCCCUGCUCCCCGCCGCCUGCCCGCCUGCCCGCAGCAGCGACGAAACGUCCAUCUGAGGAGCCUGGGCCUUGCGCCGGUCUAAGGCCAUCUAGUGCCAAGCCCCUCCCCUCCACCCCACUCACUGCACUUUGGACCCCUGGGGCCAACAUCUCCAAGACCAAGUUUUUCAGAAAAGAGGAAAAAAAAAAAAAAGGAAAAUUUAAAAGGAUCUCCACUCUUCAUGACUUCAGGGAUUAAUUUUUUUUAUACGCUGGAAACUGACUCCCCUUUCCCUUCCCAAAGAGGAUAGGACCUCCCCGGAAGCUUCCCAGCCUCUCCUCAGUUUCCCAUCUGCUGUGCCUCUGGGAGGAGAGGGAAUCUUAGGGGGCCUGUCCCCCCACAUUUGCCAUCACCAAAAGGAAAGGACAAAGCCACAUGCACCUGGGGCGUCAGACCCUGCGGGCUGCACCGGGCAGGCCUCAGCUGUGGAGGGGGCGGGGCAAAGGGCGCCCCUCACCCGGCCCCCGCCACCCUCCCAGGAACGGAAAAGCCCUGUCCAGCCAGGAGGCAGAAGGACUCAGUGCCCCUGGACCCCCAAAUGCUGCAUGAACUGUUUUAAGGGGAGCCUGCACCCCUAGGCAGGGGAUGGCCACCCUAGCCCCUCUCCUUUUCCUGGGACUCCAGCCAUGUGCUGCAGCCCAGGUGUUUGCUCAGUUUGCUGACCCCAAAGUGCUUCAUUUCUUCUGCCUGCCCCCUGCUCUGGGGGAAGGCCAGUCAUGUGUUAAGUUGCGCUUCUUUGCUGUGCGGGGUGGGACCAGGAGGGGAGAGAGGAGGCGCAGAGCUGGAUCAGUUGCCCUGAAGGGCCUCAAGCACACGUUUCAAGUCUGGGUUCUGGUGUCCCCUCCCCCACGCCUCUAUAUCAGACGAAUGCCACUUUGUCUGACCUGCUGUGGCCUCUGAGACAUGUUCUAUUUUUAACCCCUUCCUGGAAUUGGCUCUCUUCUUCCAAGGACCAGGUCCUGAUCCACAUUGCCCCUUCCCCACUCUAGCCCAGCCCCCUGUGAAGAGAGAGUUAAUAUAUAUAUAUAUCUUUAUUUAUUUGCUUUACGUGUUGGGAUGGGUUUGUGUCCAGUCCCAGGGGCUCAGAUGUGGCCAUGGCAGGUGGGGUGUGGAUCCAGCAGCCCUUCCCCUCGCAACUCUUCUCCUCCCCCUCAGUUUUGCCAACCAUCCUUCAUUGGCCUCACCUUCCAAGCAUGUAUUCCAGACUUGUGAACUUUCCUUCCAGAGCACAUGGCCAGAAAAGAGGCUUAUGGGCAGGAAAAAAAAAAGUAUUCCUGUUCCUCUUGGAAGGUUGGCCUCUGGUGUUUCUGCCAUGGAUUCUCACCCUGCCCUGUCCCCUCAGCAAUUCCUUUAAAGGGUUAAAAAUUUAACUGGUUUUUACUACUGAUGACUUGACUUAAAAAAUGCAAAGAUGCUGGAUGCUAACUUGAUACUAACCAUCAGAUUGUACAGUUUGAUUGUAACUGUAAAUAAGGUAGAGUUUUGUUGUUUUUUUCCAUCCCCAUACUACUGAAUAAAUAGUUCUGUGCAG